UCAUUAAUUUCCAUUUUCCCAAUUCUGAGAAAUUGUUUCCCAUCUGAAUUAAAAAAAAAAAUCCAAUUUCUGCUUCUCGUGAGAUGAAGAUCGAGGAAUUGGAUAACCCCGAGAAUGAUCGGGGAAACGACGGCGUUAAGCAACUGCAGAUAGUUAAAGCCGACGACGCAAAGAGAGUUCUAGUCGGAGCAGGUGCUCGGAUCCUGUUUUACCCGACCCUUUUAUACAAUGUUUUCAGAAACAAAUUCCAAUCUGAAUUCAGAUGGUGGGACGAAGUUGACCAGUUUCUUUUGCUGGGAGCGGUCCCGUUUCCGAAGGAUGUUCGACGGUUGAAGCAAUUGGGCGUUGAUGGUGUGAUCACUCUCAAUGAACCUUUUGAAACUCUGGUUUCCACUUCUUUAUAUCGUGCUCAUGGGAUUGAUCAUCUAGUAAUUCCAACGAGAGAUUAUUUAUUUGCUCCUUCGAUUUCCGAUAUAAGCAAAGCUGUGAGCUUCAUUCAUAAGAAUGCAUCUUGUGGUAGAGCCACCUAUGUACAUUGUAAAGCUGGACGAGGAAGAAGUACCACCAUUGUUCUUUGCUACUUGGUAGAGCAUAAGCACAUGACACCCGCAGGUGCUCUUGAAUAUGUUCAGUCUCGAAGGCCUAGAGUUUUGCUUGCCCCCUGUCAAUGGAAGGCAGUUUUGGAGUACAGCAGGCAUCAACAGCCAGCUACAAGAAACUCACCAUCAGCGGAUGCAGUUAUGAUUACAAAAGCAGAUCUUGAAGGCUAUCAUAGUACUUUUGAUAAUAUCAGUGGGAAGGAGCUUGUGGUUAUGCCCAGAAUGGUGAGAGCCAGGCCCAUUAUAGCUAGACUAUCGUGCUUUUUUGCAUCAUUAAAAGUUUCUGGUGUUUCUGGAUCUGUGAGUGGGAGGCUAUCUGAAGCACGCGCUUGCUGAGUCUUUUGUUCCUUCACCAACACUGUUGAACGUUGCUUGUACAGUAAAUGGAAACAAGUAUGGAUUAUAAAAUAUCAGUUCCAGUUAGUGUGAAACAGAAAGAAACCCAUAAAACCAAGAAAGCUAGAUGUGUAUAAGAUGCGUAUCGAUGAUACAUCCCCUGCACUAUCUUAUAUAUCCAUCUAUACAUCAUGCAUUAAUGGUAA